AUGAUUGGAGGGGAUUGGAACACCUGAAUCACAUGAUAUGGAGGGGAUUGGAACACCUGAAUCACAUGAUUGGAGGGGAUUGGAACACCUGAAUCACAUGAUAUGGAGGGGAUUGGAACACCUGAAUCACAUGAUUGGAGGGGAUUGGAACACCUGAAUCACAUGAUAUGGAGGGUAUUGGAACACCUGAAUCACAUGAUAUGGAGGGGAUUGGAACACCUGAAUCACAUGAUAGGGAGGGGAUUGGAACACCUGAAUCACAUGAUAUGGAGGGGAUUGGAACACCUGAAUCACAUGAUAUGGGGGGGAUUGGAACACCUGAAUCACAUGAUAUGGAGGGGAUUGGAACACCUGAAUCACAUGAUAUGGAGGGGAUUGGAACACCUGAAUCACAUGAUAUGGGAGGGGAUUGGAACACCUGAAUCACAUGAUACGGAGGGGAUUGGAACACCUGAAUCACAUGAUACGGAGGGGAUUGGAACACCUGAAUCACAUGAUUACGGAGGGGAUUGGAACACCUGAAUCACGUGAUAUGGAGGGGAUUGGAACACCUGAAUCACGUGAUACGGAGGGGAUUGUAACACCUGAAUCACAUGAUAUGGGAGGGGA